UUAUAAGUAAAAGUCCUCUUACUUCUUCCGGGUCGCUGUCCGUCACCUAAACGUUUCCGGUGAGUCAUCAGUUCGGUUUCCGGUUCGUCAUCAGUUGGACUUUCCGGUGAAGCUCUCUACACGCAGACAUGCCUCUUGCAAAGGAUCUGUUACACCCGAGCCUGGAGGACGAGAAGAGGACACACAAGAAAAAACGCCUCGUUCAAAGUCCAAAUUCAUAUUUUAUGGAUGUCAAAUGUCCAGGCUGCUACAAGAUCACCACAGUGUUCAGUCACGCUCAGACGGUCGUGCUGUGUGUCGGCUGCUCCACCGUCCUCUGUCAGCCUACGGGGGGGAAAGCUCGCCUCACGGAAGGAUGUUCGUUCAGGAGGAAACAGCACUAGUUUGACCACACGUGGUUGGACGCAGUUGUGGCUGGACGGAGCUCGGGGUCAUGAAGAAUAACACUGCCAGGGAGACGAUGCUUCUACGAGGAUAGGAGGGCGGAAAUACCAAUCAUGUAAUAUUAGAAGUCUCUUUUGAAUAUGCACAGAUAAAGGCUUAGCAUUUUUGAGACUCCUCAUAUACAAUUGUGCACCCCUCUUAAACCCCCCUUGUUGUUUUGUGGUAAAAUGUCUUUGUGCAUCCAAGGAGUCCUUAUACGUCAGUACCCUCAAAAUGUGCUGAUACAGAUCCAGGUAGUUCAGGACUGAGCGAUUUGCUUCACAUGACCAUGAUAACGUCCGAAUCGUAACAGAAAGUUGGGUGUACACUGAGCUGUGGCUUAGUACACAUUGUGUACCUUAUUUGAAACGGUACACCACGAUGUGGCGCUGGUCCGGGGCCGCUGUCACACCAGUUCGGGAUUUUGAUUCAGGGAAAGUCAUUGCUGGUUCUGAUUCUAAUGGUUGUUAAACUCUGAACUAUAACAGUAAUUAUGAAUGAUUAUUGUUCAUUUUGGGUCCUUAUCAUAAUUCUAGAUUGAACAUUAAUAAAGCAGAUGGUGUGAACGAUCACUUGGUAAUGGGGACACUUUUCUUACGUCCUGAUUGUACACUGCUUACAAAUAAAAUUAUAUGGAUAUUA